CUUAUAUAGCUUGUCUGUGCACAGAGUGAAUCAAAACGUCAUUUGUCUUGGGUCGCUCCUGCACGCCCUGUGACCCCCACACUUUUACAUGUGCGCUUCACAACUGGAAUAUAGCUAUAACAUUUAAUGGUCAUUUAGGCCCUUUACCACAAAGAGAACCAUAUUCCUGCCAGUGGUCGAUAGGUUCUGAGUGGCCUGAAAUCUAUUGAGCAUGCAGUCGUGUUGUCCGCAGGCCGUGUGCGCUGCGCACCCUGGCCUGCAUGCGGGCUGGGGAAGCGCAUCUUGGUGGGCGAGCUCUGGUAUGGGCGCGCGUGUGACCGCUCCAAGCUCUGGCCUGCGCUCCAUGCGACUUCCAGCUUGCAGCUGGUAAUCGUGUAUUAUGGAGAACUACGAGUAUCUAGGUGAUUUAGGCAGCGGCAGUUAUGGCUUCGUCUGGAAGUGCGUGCAGCGCAGCACGGGCCGGGUGGUGGCUGUCAAGGGUUUCAAGCUGGCGCACACCGACAAGAAGUUUUUGGAUGCUGCUAUCAGGGAGGUUCGCAUGCUACGGAACGCUACAGAUCACCCCAACAUCAUCCAAUUGUUGGAAGCGUUCAGGAGCAGCACGGGCCGCGUGUACAUGGUGUUUGAAUUCGCUGACAAAUGCCUGUCCGCGGAGCUGCACAAGCGCUUCACGUGCGGGCUGCCCGCGGGGCAGACACGCGUGGUGCUGUGGCAGGUGCUGGCCGCGGUAGCUCAUCUGCAUUCGAAGAAGAUCAUACACAGGGACAUCAAACCCGGCAACAUCCUGAUGACGUCGGACGGGGUGGUGAAGCUAUGCGACUUCGGGUUCGCACGCCUGACGCGCGGAGACCCGUACCAGCCCGACCGCUUCAGCAGCUACGUGGUGACUCGCUGGUACCGCUCGCCCGAGAUGCUUGUGUCGGACCUGUACGGCGCCCCUAGCGACAUCUGGAGCCUGGGCUGCACCUUUGCAGAGCUCGCCACGGGGCGCCCGCUGUUCCCAGGCGCCUCGUCCCUGGACCAGCUAUGGCGCAUCAUGCGCUGCAUGGGCCCGCUGCCGCCCACCCAGGCCGAGCGCUUCGCCGCCGCCGCCACCGCGGCAGGGCUGCCGGAGGCGCCGCCGCCGCCGCCUCGCGGCAAGUCGUUGUGGCAGCGGCUGCCGGAGCUGGACAGCCGGCUGCUGGACCUGGUGCAGGCUUGCGUGAGGCUGGACCCCGCGCAGCGGCCCACCGCCGUGCAGCUGAUGCAGAUGCCGUACUUCCACGAGAUCCCGAAGGCCAUCGCCGGAUCCCGCCUGGAGCAGCUGUACCUGGCCAUUGGAUCCGGAACCGGCUACCCCGGCUCGGCCCUGGGACGCACAGCUUCCGCCCGCUUCCGGCAGAUGCAGCAGCUGGCGGCUCAGCAGAAGGCGGCGGGGGCAGCAGCCGGUGGCGCUGGAAGCGGCACCCAGCCCAACGUCGCAUCAGUGCCGGCGGGUGGGUCGGCGGGCGUGCGAGGCCUCGGCGGCAGCGUAACCGUGAGCGUGAUGAGUCCGGAGGAGUUGCUGGCGUCACCGCGGGGCGGCCAUGCCACGUCUGGGUCCGUCAAGCGACCGGCGUCGGUGCUACUGAGCUCUGUGGCGGAGGCAGUGCUUGGGGAGAAGCCGUCGGCGGGCGACGGCAGCGGUGAUUGCAGCAUUUUCCCUCUGGCUCCACCGCUGCCUCACAUCCCCAUGGUGGACAUUGCAAUGCUGCUGUCCGCACAACAGCAGCAACAGGUGCAACCGCAGCACCAGCUGCAGCAGGCUCCGCUCCAGGGGUCGCAACGGUACGCAGCCGCAUCAGCGGCAGCAGUCGUGCCACUGGCGGCGACGGCGGCUGCGGGCCCGAGCAGCAGCCGCCUGCACAGCGUGUCGUCGCCAUUUAAAACUGUGCCAAUGCUACCGCCGCUGCAGCCUGCGCCGACGUCGGGCGAUGUGGUCAUGCCGGCCGCGGCGGCGCCAAUCAUCGCUGCUGCCGCUGCGUCGGCGGCCAUGUCGCAGUCGCCGCGCUCGAGCGCAUCCAUGUCCUCUCCCUCGCCACACCCGCCAGGCACGAGGCGCCAGCUCAGCGGCACGAGCCCGCGCGGAGCGGCGCCAGCGGGCACGGCAUCGGGGCGGAACCUGCUUGCGGCGGCCACUGCGGGUGCGGGGGCAGCGGCAGGCAGGCAGGCGUCAGGGAGAGGGCUGCCCAUGGGCGGCCUCGUUGGCGGGGUUGCCGCGCCCGAGUCGACAGGCGGGGGUAGCAGCCCCACGGCCGCAGGCGUAGCGGUCGCUGUCCCACCAUCGGUGCGUCUAGCGCACCUCAGCUCCCUGUCACCGCGCCAGCGGCAGCAUUUGCCGCAGCUAUCGCCACUGCAACGACAGCAGCAAUCGCAGGCACUUCCAGCGGCUGCAACGAGUGUCGCAAUGCCGCCUUCAGCAUUCCUCGAUGCGGAGGCGCGCGGAGAUAGCCUUGGUUCGGGCAGCGGCGGCGACGGUGAAGAAACCGAUGACGAGAUCCUCGCAGCACGCCAGGGCUGCCGGCGGAAUCGGCAAGGGUACGAGCGGGACGGCAGCGCCUCCAGGCUCGGUCGCAAUGCCGGCGGCGCCGUGCCUGCCGGUGCAGCUGCAAUGGCCACUGCCACUGGCGGCGCUGCAGCUGCGGCGGCCUUGCCGCCAGCCUCUGCUAGCAUUAUGCCAGUCGAGGCGCACGCGAUGCCGGGGCUGGGCUUGCUGGAAGGGUAUGACGCGCAAGACACGUCGGACGACGACGAGGCGCAAGUCAGCGACGACGACGAGCUAAUGGCUUUCUACGUGGCUCGCAAGUCCGGCGGUCGCGGCAGGCGCGGCGGCGCAGCCGGUACCAGGGCCACCGGCAGCAGGCGCAAGGUCGCAUCGGCCGCCGCCGCGUCCACUGGCGCGCUUACCACACCGGCGCCUGCGGCGGCAUCCGCCGCCGCCAUGUCGGCGUCCGGCGCGAUGCAUGGUGCGGCGGCGCCGGCGGCAGCUGCAACAAAAGCAGCAGCAGCAGCCACACGGGACGAGCUCAUUGGGGUGGCGCUACAGGCCGCUGCUGCCGUGGACAUGGCGACGCAGGAGAUGCACAUGGCAGGCAGCACAGGUGGUGGCAUGCAGCCGAUGCAGAUGGAAGCCGAUGCCGGCAUGAGCCUGCAUGUAGCCGCCGCGACAACGGCGGCGCCGUUGCGUGGCGCACACCACAACGGUGUAGCGGCGGUCGAUGCAGCGGCGCCGUCUCCGGCGUUGGCGUCAUGGCCCACCGCAGCGGCGCCGGCUGCUGGAAUCAUUGCAGCCAGCGGUUUAGGCCCGCGGGCAGUGGCAGCGCAGCCGCCGCAGCGGCCGCUGCCGCACGCCGGCAUUCACCAGCAACACCACGGCCUGUAUGGCACGCAGGGCAGCCACCACCGCCAGACUAUGCCACGCACGACCGGCGGCGGCGGCUCCAGCCGCGGCAGCACGGGCACUGGCGCUACACCUGUGGCCGCCGGCCUGAAUCGUCGUGUCACGGCCAUGGUCCUGGGCACAGGCCUCGAAGAUGCCGUCAGUCAUGCGUCCGCAGCUGCAAACCCCAACACCGCCGCUACUGGUACACCCGCAUCGGCGGCGGUGGCGGCGGCAUCAGCGCCCGCGCAGCCUCGUCCCUUGGCCCCCGCGGCUCUUGCCUCCUGCUCUCCCACGCCUGCUGUCACAAUUACAAGCGCCGCAGCAACGCCUGUUGUGGCGCCGUUGCCGCCGCCGCCGCGCUUUCCCACCGGCGCUGUUGCCAAGCGCGCUACCGUGGCGAGCUACCUCGCAAUCUCGCAGCCCAACGGCAGCAUGGCCGUGACAUCCGCGUCUGUGCUUGCGUCGGGCACGUCGGCAACCGUGGCGACUGCAGAUGCGGCGGUGGCCGCUAGCAGCGGCACGACUGUGUCGCAGCCGCUGCCGGUGCCGCGAAGCGUGGCGCGUGGUGGGCAGGGCGCUGGCAUGUCAGGGGGCAUCAUAGUGGGCACGGACACGGGUGGGACCGGUCCAGUGGCCGGGGCCGUGCGCGGCGCCGCAACCGCCACUGGCUUGACCCACAUGGGCACGGGCUCGCUGCCCACAGUGGGCAGCAUUGGCCCGGGCCUCCGCCACCACAACCAUGCGACAACGAUGGGCCUGACGCUCAUGGCGCCGCACGAAAGCGGCCCCAGGGGCCUGGGCGGUGGUGCCGCCGUCACGCCCAGCGCCGCGGGCGUGCACCUGCAGGGGCACGGCCCAGCCAGCCUGCCGUACGGCCGCGCCUCACUGCCCGUACAGGGCGGCAGCUACGUAGGCUUCAGCACGGGCAGCGCUAACCGCCGAAUGCUUUCGCGGCAGGGUUCAACUGUCUUCAACCAAUUGAUGUACGACGCGCUCCCAGAGAUCGGCACGCCUGGCGGCGCGCCUGACGUGCCGGCCGGCACGCCGCCGCCGCAGCGCCGUCGCGCCGUCAUGAGCGGCUUCACGCCGUGCCGCACCGCAGCGGCGCGCGCCGCUGCUGAGGGCCUGCCGGCGGCGGCCGCCAUGGCAGCAGCAAUGGGUUCCAAUACCACGGACUUGUCGGUUGCGUUCAGCCCCAUCGCGGUUGCACGGCAUGAGGACCCGCUGUCUAUUGGCGACGGCCAUGGCUUGGAGCGGUCCAGUGUCGGGGCCGCCCCCGGCUUCCGCUCGGUGCAGUUUGGCCUUGCAUGUGGCGCCGGCGGGGCGUACCCUGGCGCCUCCGCUGCCGGGGGCGCGCACCGCAGACAGGCAUCCAUGCAAAUGCAGACGGCCUACACCGCGUCUGUGGGAAUCAUGGGCGCUGCCGGGUCCGACCUGGGCCCCUCGGCCGCCACCGCCAUCCCAGGUGGCGGUGCAGCCGGCGGCCGCGGUAGUGGCAGCUACCAUUCGCACGCGAGCGAUACCGGCAUGCUCAUGGGCAGCAGCGCGCCGGUUUCGCAUGCAAUGCAUCCGGGGUACGGCUCGGGCAGUGGCUCCAUGGGUGGGUCGUACCGCUGGCCGGGCCAGCGCAUAUUGGUGCCAGACCAAGCCCACGGCCUAGCCACCGCCACCGUCACCGCCGCCUCGGGGCCCGCCGGCGGCCCGCCCGUCCGCGGUGGCCGGCUGCCGCAAGCGGUGGGUCUGGCCGCGAGCGGCUCCAGUCAGCAGACGUCGGGCAGCGCUGCCAGCGGCGCCGGGCCACUGGGGUCUGGCACCACCGUGGGCGCCGCCGCAGGUGCCCACGCCGCUGCCGCCACGCCCGGACGCAGCCGCCUGGGCAGCGGCAUCCUGGGCCGCAUGUCGGACGACCCCGCGGGGGGCAGCAUGCUGGGGGCGGGUGUGGGAGCAGGCGCUGGAGGCGGCGGGUCUCACGGCCAGCACCCGGUGCUCGUGUGCACGGCUGACGACGUACACUGCUCCAGCGCCUUAAACAUCGAGCUCGACGGCUCAUGCAGUGUGGGCAACAACACCGGUGGCGGCAACAGCGCGGGCAUGUGGGGCUUUGGGCCCAUGGCAGGGUACCCGGCGGGCGCGGGCGCCGCCAGCGGUGCAGUCAUCGCCGCAAGGGCUGGCGGCGGCGGGCGUAGCCGAUGGUUGGGGUCUGGCGUAAUCGACUCGUUGCCUGAGGACCGAGAGGUGCUUCACGUGGCGGGGGUGGAUGACUGGCGUCUGGGCAAUAGCCCCGGCAUUGCCGGUGGCGCUGGUAGUGGCGUCGGUAUGGCUGAACUGGUGCUAGGGGCCUCGGACCAUUACAGCAGCGGCCUGCCGCCGGCGCCCACAUCGGGGCCGACGCUGGCGGAGGUCAGCGCGGCGGUGGCGGGUGCCAUCCUGGCGCCGAGCAGCAGCAGCGCCAUGGGCUUUGGGUACAAGCUGUCGCCGCGGGGGCAGCCGGCGACCAUUCCGGGGCAGGCGGGGCUGAUGGGGCUGCGCCCCAAGUCUCCGGCAGGCAGCCUGGAGCUCCUGCGCGGCCGCACCAACGGCCAUGCUGGCCAGGCGUCGUACGGCCACGGGCCAUCGGGUCUGCAUCAGGCGGGCGGUGCGCUUGGCUCGCCCUCGUCGCCACGCUCGCCAGGGUCUGGGGACGCGCCUGGAAGGCCGGGCAGCGCGCAGUUGCCACUGGCCGGGGAUGGCAGUGGGAUGAGGUUUGCGGCGAAUGGGAGCCCGUCGCGGGCAUGGGUGACGGAGGGCUGUGCGGCGGGUGGCGGGACUAUUGGCGCGGCGGCGGUGGCGGAUGUUGGCGCCGCUGCAGGUGCGGCUGGCAAACUUGCGAGCGCUGACAAGGCUGAGAAGAGCAAGUGGCCGCGGGCAAAGGCACUGCUGGGCGGGAAGCUGAUCUCAUCGUUAGUGAAGAAGUUCAAGGACGGCGUACAGGUGUCUGACCGUAAGUGAUUCGCUGGGCUCCUGGGUAUGGGGCUGCAGCAUACGUACUUGGCUGCCGUUUGGCCGCAACAAUGUCCGUGUGGUGCUGCGCGCGGGCCUAGCUGCAUUUAGUAUGCUUGGCUCUUUCAUGACACAUAUUUCAUGCACUUCACAUUUUGCUGUUUGUGCGGACCCGCUCCGUUGGAGGUACGUGCAUGCUGCGGAACCUUCGGGAACCCGGCAUCUAUUCAAGUAAUUCUUGCCGCUGAUUCAGUGGCCCGUGACAUCAGGUCCGAGGAGCUGUCGCCAUUGAUAACGCGGCGCAUUUGGAGUUGAGGUAGUGGCGCCGUGAUGGAAUGGUCCUGGGCGGUAAGAGGAUUUUGGGGUCCUGAAGAGAGCAUUUUCAUCCAGGCAAGGCCAAGUGGAGGAGGAGAGCGCGGCGCCACCCGAGAAGCGGCACUGGCGCGCAGGCUGCAACCUGCCGGUGUAUGUUCUGCAGUCUUUGCUGGCGAGCAUAGGGUGGCACCGUGUGUGGUAGGCUGCUGUUUGGUUUGUUGCCUUCUGUGCGUGUGCUUGAUAGCGGGACCUGGCUGGAUGCAUGGCGGGCGGGGCCUGUACAAACCGACCCCGGCUGUGUCCGGGAGAUAAAGUAGAAACGUUCGGCCUCAGACCAUGCACCAACGUGGCGGCACAGCUCGCUUUUCCCCUUGUGAGGGAGAGCCACCCUUUCUUGUCAUACGCCUUGCGAUGUUGUUUGCCGCUCGGGAUUUAGGGUUUGGGUUUGGGGGUAGUGCAUGCUUUUACAUGUCGUGAAAGCCGUGCAUGGCACGGGCUUGAGGGCGCGUGCCUGAAACGCACGCCAUGGCCCUGAUAAGGUCACGGCAUGUUUGCCUUGACCGUGCUGCUGAACUUGACCUAUCCGCGGAGACACGCCAGACUGGGCAAAACAGACAGCAUAGCACGGUUUUGGGGGGGAUUCUGAAGGAUGGAGGCGUAGCUGGGACACAGAGUGUAAGAUGCCCGCAUCCGAGCAUCUGCACCGAUGCCCUAAUAAGUGAAGCUGUGGGCUGCUCGGAAGUGCGGCGCAUGUAGUGCUAAGCAAGUGUGUGGGGUAUGUGGGCUCGCAUUGGGUUCUUUGAGUGCUCGGUGGAUGUGUGAGGGGUUCGGCGGCACUGCAGUACGCAGUUGUGUGUGCAACAGCGCAGCGCAGGGUCCAGGUGUAUGCAUGGGCUUGAGGGUUGAUUUCGGUCUGAUGUUUUUGACACUGGAAGAGGGCCGCAGAGACAGGUCCGUUGUUUGUUGUGUGACUCACCCUUGGAAAAGGCCAAAAUGUCUCGGUGUAAACUAGUACACACAAGAUUUCAAAAUGUUUUGGGCUACGUCCCCGGAGUGAAGCCCCCACAUGGGAAACACGAGCGGUUAUGGGUACCCCCAACCAAGGGGGGUAGAAAGCUCGGGAUCUCACCCCAUGCUCAGGAUUGUAGAGCUUUAUGAGAG